AUGUUGCGUGGAACAUUCCAAACGGUCAAGCUCUUCGCUUUGGGUGUGCUUCUGAUGAUUAUUUUCAUGGCGAUUGCUUUUCAUCACAUCCCCUGGAAAUCUCAACCGAUUCUGAUCAUUGGUGCUGUCGGAUCUCCAGCCAUUGCCACAGCUACCACCUUUGCAAUUCUUGGAUGGCUCGAUUUCCCCUUCAAUUCUAUCAUGUGCAUCACUCCAUUUCUAGUCAUGGGAAUCGAAGAACAUGAAUUGCCAAGUAGUCACAAACCGGAUGAACGAUCGGAUUUCAGGUCGUCGACGAUGCUUCUUCGGUCAGUGCAUUCAUGGCGCACUCAUAGCAGUCUACCUGCAAAGGAACGAAUGCGCAUGGUAGUGCAUGAGAUUGGACCUUCGAUGGCAAUCACUUCAGUCACGAAUACUCUCGCUUUUGGCAUCGGAAUCACAUCACCUACCCCGCAGGCACGCCACACCAUCACGUGGGAAAGUUACACGAACAUGUUGCUUUCCCCGUUUGGGAAAUUUAUUGUCGUGGUCACCACUUUGGCCAUCUAUUAUGCUCCGAUUAAUUUCAUCAGUUUACUGCCGCCGUUGACGGAUUAUUCUGAGAAGGCUAAUUUCUUCGAGAUGAUCGGCCGAGUGGAGCACAGCGAUGGCUGCUAUGGCCCCGAGCGAACACAGAUCAUGCUUCGACAGUUCAUUGAGAGAGAUCGGGUUCAAGAGAGCAGGCCGGGUCUGGGAGUUACAUGGGUUGCUGCCAUAGACACACGUUAG